AUGCGUGGUUGCAAUGGUGUCGUGCAACUCUCAUCUAAUGUGGCCAUCACCGGAUCUGAGCGGAGUCAAUCUCUCGGACGAAGUGAGGACGAAGAGGAUAUCCAGAUGACAAAACUCGAUAAAUUGGCUGUUCGAGUCGUGAAAAGAGUAGCUGAAACAAAUGAGCUGAGCGCAGAUGAAGGACGAAACAGCAUAGCACUUGUUUCCCUGCAUGAUGCACAUGCUAAACUUGCAGCAAAAGGACAUAACCUUCAGGCCGAAAUGACGACAGAUGCAGAUGGAAGUGUGCAACGAGAACAGCCAGAUAACAACUCGGAUAGUGUUGAAUCCGUAGGGCAUAGUGGGGCAAGUUUUGUUUUAUCGUUUGAUUUGAAACUAACUGCAACGGAGUCAAAUUGCAGAGUACGCCAGAAUGGCGUGCAUAAUGCAGCUUUUUUGAUUUUCCUGAUUUUUACGACAUAUCCGCCCGGCUGA